AUGAAAAUUUAUUCCGCUCUAUCACUGUCAAUUCUGGUUGCUUCAAUUAUGUUAUCACACUCAAAUUCCAACAAAUGCUAUGCAUUUUCAAUCAGGGAAGCCUCCAUUGACGACCUGCGCACUGCUUUCAAUCAAAAACAACUCACAUCGACUCAGCUAGUUGAUUUCUACCUCGAAGAAAUCAGAAAUUUGAAUCCAAUUCUUAAAGGGGUUAUAGAAGUUAACCCUGAUGCACUCCUUCAAGCAAGGAAGGCUGAUGAAGAACGGAAAGUUAAGAAACUUGACUCGCUUUCUGCUUUGCACGGCAUUCCUAUUUUGCUGAAAGAUAAUAUUGCGACGAACGAUAAGCUUAACACCACUGCUGGAUCGUUUGCUUUGCUGGGAUCGGUUGUGCCUCGUGAUGCAGGGGUGGUUAAGAAGCUGCGAAAAGCAGGGGCGGUGAUACUGGGGAAGGCGAGCAUGAGUGAGUGGGCUAAUUUUCGAUCAUAUAACGCACCUAAUGGUUGGAGUGCCAGAGGUGGACUAGGAAAGAACCCUUAUAACCUAUCUGCUGAUCCUUGUGGCUCAAGCAGCGGAUCAGCAAUAUCAGUGGCGGCAAAUAUGGCAGCAGUAUCGCUGGGGACCGAGACUGAUGGUUCCAUUCUUUGUCCAUCUGGUUUCAAUGCAGUGGUAGGCAUUAAACCAACUAUUGGUCUCACAAGUCGAGCUGGAGUAAUCCCAAUUAGUCCAAGACAGGAUACCAUAGGACCAAUCUGCAGGACUGUAUCAGAUGCUGUUUACGUUCUUGAUGCCAUUGUAGGCUUUGACUACAACGAUGAAGAAGCAACCCGAAAAGCCUCAAAUUACAUUCCUCAUGGUGGUUACGCACAAUUUCUAAAAGCUGAUGGACUCAAUGGAAAGAGACUAGGUAUAGUGAGAAAUCCCUUCUUCAAGUUCGAAGAAAACCCUGUUGCAAAGGCUUUUGAGCACCACCUGCUAACACUAAGGAAGAAAGGUGCAGUCUUGGUGGAAAUAGACGACGACAAAGCAAGUUUGGAUUACAAUUCAAGUGCAGAAGAAACAGCAUUGCUAGCAGAGUUCAAAAUAUACUUGAACACAUACUUGAAGGAGCUAAUAGCUUCCCCUGUUCGAUCGCUGGCAGAUGUAAUAGCAUUCAAUGAGAAGUCCCCUGAUCUGGAAAUGACUAAGCAGUAUGGCCAGGAAGUGUUUUUGGCUGCUGAAGCCACAAAUGGAAUUGGGAACUCAGAAAAAGAAGCUCGGAAGAAUUUGGGAAAAUUGUCGAGAAAUGGGUUCAAGAAACUGAUGAGGCAAUACAAGCUGGACGCGCUGGUGGCUGCCAGGUAUGAUGUUGCUAGUGUACUCGCUAUUGGUGGAUUCCCGGGCAUUAUCGUACCUGCUGCAUAUGAUAGCAAAGGGGUGCCUAUCGGCAUAUGCUUUGGAGGAUUGAAGGGUACUGAGCCUAAACUGAUUGAAAUUGCGUACAGUUUUGAACAAGCAACAAAGAUCAGGAAGCCACCAACAUUUCUACACUAA